AUGAACACUUCCAAAGACAUCAUCCCCAACAUGGCCGACAAGACUGGCAGACAAGAUGACUCAAGCGAUGUCAUGACCACUCCCAACACCUCCCUUCAUUCCGUUUCUGUUCACCAUCACCGCCGUGAUAUUUUCGCGGUCAAGUCACCUUCCACCACUCACACUCACCACCCCAUCACCACCCCCCUCAACGACAACACCGCAAACUGGCGCGAGCUAAGCCAACCCAGGGCGAGAAGAUUGAUUGCCCGACAUGGAACUACCUUCUUGACAAAGCUCGGCAGCAGCGGCAGGACUACCUCCCUGCACCACAUCCUCGGUAGAGGUAGUCAUGAGAAAGGCGCUCAGGAUAUGUCUGGCUCCGAGCUUCGUAUGCAUUUCGCUUCACUGGAUAAGAAUGCAGUCGCGGCUAGUAUUGAAGAGCGUAUCAGGAGUGUGGAAGUGGAACUGAAUAGAUUGAGAGAGGAGAGGGAAGAGAUGGUGAGGGAGUUGGGGGAUGAGAUGGAGAGGGCAGAUGUGGAUGAAAGGUGGGAGGAGGGGAUUGUGGCGAUUGAUGAGAUGAUUUGA